AUGAAGAAAUGUCAGAUGGCCAAUUGCAGCAUGGACCUGGAAUGUUACCAGGUCCUCAGCAGCCACACUCAGAAAACAGGCAUAACUGUGCUGUGCUCCAUUGUUGGGAUCCUGUGUGUUUUGGAAAACUCUUUGGUGUUGUAUCUGAUAUUUGCUUCCCCUAAGAUCAGGAAAAAGCCUUCCUACCUCUUGAUCAGCAGCCUGGCCUUAGCAGAUGUCUUGGCCAGCGUUGUAUUUGUCUGCAGCUUUCUUGAUUUCCAUGUCCUCAACAGCACUGAUUCCUCUAAAGAGAUCUUCUUGCUGAAGCUUGGAGGGGUCAACACAUCCUUCACCGCAUCCUUGGGCAGCUUGCUGAUGAUGGCAUUUGACCGCUAUGUCUGUAUCCAUCGGCCAUCAGAAUACAAGGUCAUAGUGACGAGGAAAAGGGUGGUGGUGGCUAUGGCUGUGAUGUGGAUAGCUACCAUGAUUAUUGCCUUCCUGCCUCUAAUGGGGUGGAACUGCUGCAAGGUAAACUCAAUGGGGUGGAACUGCUCUGAGCUGUUUCCCUUUGUUGAUAACAAGUAUCUGUCAAGCUGGAUCUGCCUGGUAAUGAUUCUACUGCUGUGUAUAGUGUACGCCUAUGUCCGGGUGCUGUGGAAGGCUCAUAAGCACACGGUGUACAUGGAGAAACGCCAAACCCAGGCUGGGCAGCGGAAUGCAAAGAUGAGGAUGGACAUCACGCUCGCCAAAACAUUAGUGAUGGUCCUGGCCAUUGUCGUGACAUGCUGGUCCCCAGUGCUGGCUCUCAUGACGUACAGCCUCUUCGUCAGCCUGAACGAUAACAUCAGAAAGGUGUUCGCCUUCUGCAGCACCCUCUGCCUGGUGAACUCCAUGGUGAAUCCCAUUGUCUACGCCCUACGAAGUAGGGAGCUGCGCUCCUCUUUGAGGAACACUAGCUCGCGGUUCAGGAAGAAGGUGAGCAUCUCAGAGAGCAUCCCGGAAGCAGACAGCAUUCAGAAAUCCUCACAGAUAGAAACCAUCUGUGACGACACUGCGUGCAACACGGACAUGAAUCUGCUGAAAGCCUGA